AUGGCUACGACCGAAGAUAAUAAUAGGAAACGUCCUUCAGAGGUCGAAGAUUCGACUACAACCACCACCACAACCAACACCACAAACACUACCAAUACCAACACCAAUACUACCAAUACUGCUACUACUCGUCCUCCACCAAAAAAGCGAUUCCUAUCUUCAAGGUCAGCAUCGCCAUCGCAUUCAAGUGAUGGUACACCCUUGACAUUGGAUGACAAUAGCCAAGAAGACACGAUAGAUACAUUCAAGGAACCAUUAGAAGUCUAUCGUCGCGAUGCCAUCAUAAGACAAUUGAAAGAAUAUAGGCGAUCCUACAGACAAUGGAAGAAGCGCGCCGAUUUAGCAGAAGAAAGACGUCAAGAUUGCGAAAGGCAAUUACGAGUGUGGGAUACUCAAUUCAAACAAUUGCAAGCUUAUAUGCAAGGACGUAUCUUGGACCAUACACCUGAAUAUCACCCAAGUUUUAUAAAAGAUGACUGGGCUGUCAAUAUUACCACAACCAUGGCCAAUGCAUUGAGACGAGGAGAACUCACAGAAGAUUUGAUGGGUGCUCUGUAUAAUUAUUCUGUGCCAUUUUCUACCAAACGAAUGCAUUUUCUUGGAUUACUAGAACCAUCAGGCGAAAAUUCAGCAUUAAGAAGCAAAUACAAAAAUGCACUUUCUUCAUUCACGAGUAACCAAAGCACACUUCUUGAUUCCAUUAAUCAGUACCGUUCAUUCAAUACAAAGUUUAUUCUUUUGACGGAAGAACUACGACUUUUAACAAACAGACUCGAACUUGCCGAAAGCCUUUUACAAGAAACUCGACUCAAGCUCUCAAAAGCAAAUGACAAAUUAGCAGCAGAAAAAGAAACGUCAGCCAACUUUUCUAAUCCUACUCAACCAAGGGAUACAUCAGAUGCCAAAGAUACCGCUUCUGAAGGAACCACCCCUCCCCAAAUUCUUGAAACCCAACAAGACCCAUUGAUUUGUGCACAACAAACAUUGGAAAAACAAUUGAGAGAGAUAGAGGAAAUGAAGGACCAGAGAAUAGAGUUGAAGCAGCAAUUGUUUCAACUCGAGGUGGAUUAUGUAGUCUUACCAGAAACACGGAUCUACAAAGACCCUCUGUGUCGCCAAGCCCUGCAGACGUACGAUUACCAACGCGACAAAAACGAUCAUCUCACAAACGUCUGCCAAAAACUCCAAAAGGAACUCGAGGAUUCGCAGAGCACCCGGCGCCAGUUUCUUGAAGAACUUGACACAAAGCAAACCGGGCAUAUCAAGGGUCUCGAAGAACAGUUGCGAAAACUCGACGGAGACCUGACACGCAUUCGUGGUCAUCGAGACGCACUACAGAGUAAUCUCGAAGAACGAAAGGCUAAUACAGAGUUUGGCAGAGAUUCUAUAUCAGAGUUACGUGUUAUUGGUGAUGUUCGCAAGGAACAAGUGUUUUCUUUGGGUGUAGAAUUAUCAAGACUACGACUCAAAGGAGCUGCCAAGUCUGGAUCACACGAUCUAUACAAAUUCAUGAUGGCAAUUGAUGAAAAAAAGCGAACAAGAGAAGUCCUCGAGAAAGAAUUAAGGGAAGCAGAUACAAAGAUUCAGGCCACAAGAGCACGUUAUUUGGAUCCAGAAGCUUUGGCUAUUUUGGAUGAUGAAUUUACUUUGAUUACAAAGAUUAAGCAUGUGCGCGAACAAUUGGAUGUAUUUAAAGAAACGUAUGGCUUUGAGGCCACACACACGGACGAAAAGGCUAUUUUAGAUAUCUUGCAGGCCAAGGUCAAAUCAGAGCAAGCUUCAAUUAUAGAAGCACGCCAAAAGAUGGAAGCUUUAGAAUCGACUGAACAUCAACUACUAAGUGAGAUUCAGAGCGUUACAAUGGCUUUUGGUGAACUUGAAGAAAGUAACCUAGCAAAGAUCCAUGAAUUAGCAGUAAUGGAAGAUGAGGUUACGGUACUACAAGGAGAGAGAGUCAAAUAUAGCCAGACGUUUACAGCGCUUAAUAAAUCCAAAGAUGCUCAUGCAAUGGUGGCCAAUGCAUUAAGCAAAAAGGUAGAAAAACAGCUGGCGUACAUCAAGCAAUUGAACGAACGAGAAAAGAAUCUUGGAAAUCAGAUUACGACCCUUGAUCGACAAUCUGUUGCUAGUAGUGGAGCUGUAGAAAUCUACCUUCAAAAAAGUUUGGAAAUGAAGGCUUCUUUGGAAGAGCUCAAAGAAAAGAUGUUGUUCGGAAAGGAAAAGAUUGGAGAGCUGGAAAAAUCUGUUUUGGAAAAAAUCAAGAUGAUUGAAGAAGAUGCACAUUCUCGAAUGCGACUCGAAGAAGGCUGCGAGCUCUUGAGGCGUAAGGUAGAAGCGACGACAAAGGUUGAGAAGCCAGUAGAGAUGAAACUGAGGAAAGAAAAAGAAGAAUACAGAUCAUUGCUGAAUUGUAGUUCUUGCCGUACUCGACUCAAAUCGCAUGUCCUGAUGCGCUGUAUGCACACGUUUUGUAAAGACUGUCUUGAUAUCCGUAUCGAGACUCGACAAAGACGAUGCCCAAGCUGUGGUGAAUCUUUUGGCAUUAAUGACGUGAAACAAUUUUAUCUUUAG